CGUCAUUUAGCAGUGUUUAUUUAUUUAUUUAGCCAAAAUUUAAAUAUAAGCAAGUUCUGGGCCGAUUAGUUUAUUCCAUAAAUCGAUGCUCAUUAUAAUUCUACUUUUAUCUUCAAUUACCGAAACCUUUACGUGUUUCUGAAAAAUGUGAAAAGUGAAAGUAUUACGUGGAUCAGUAACAGGCAAUUUUUCUUUAAUGUUUCCAUAAUUUUACUCGUAAAAUGGGUAAAACUAGUAAAGUAGUUAUCUGUGGGAUGAAAGGCGUUGGUAAAACUGCCGUUCUCGAGCAGUUGAUAUACGGAAAUGUGAAUUUAAAAACAUAUCUCUAUCCGACUAUAGAGGACAUUUAUGUAGCGAAUAUAGAGACAGACCGCGGUACGAAGGAGCGUGUGUGUUUCUACGAUACUGCGGGGCUCGAGCCACCGAUCACAGGCGAGUUUAAAGGACCACCCCAAUCCCCCACACUGCAGCUGACAGCCAACCAGGUGCUGCAGCGGCAUUACCUCGGCUUCGCAGAGGGCUAUGUCAUGGUAUAUGACACCAAUCGCCCCGAGUCACUUGAUGUACUCAUGUACCUAAAGAAGGAUAUUGAUAGAAAUAAGGAUAAAAAAGAGGUAGUAAUGCUAGUAAUAGGGAACCGUACAGGCCCCGACGACCCCAACAGUCUGGAAAACACCUGCUCCAAAGCUGCCAACUGGUGCUCCCGGGAAAAACUCCGCCAUUUUGAAGUCAACGCGAUGGACCGCCCAUCUUUGUACGAACCCUUCAUAUUCCUAACCUCAAAACUUAACCCGGUACAGAACAAAACAGCGUUUCCACAGCUGAGUACGUUGAGUAAGUUGACGCAGAAGAAUAAUAGGAGCGAUGCUAUGUAACAUUACAUUUUUAAUCUAUGCCCUUUUUGCUAUCAGCCUUAGUGCGGAGAAUUUGGUCAUUCGACACUUAAAAGCAAUGGAAACUAGUCACUUUAUAUGGGAAUUGUAUAGAAAGCAAGAAAUCGUAAGCAUACAAAAUGUGUAAAGUCUAAGGAAAAAUCUGGUAAUCAACUUUCGACAACUAGUCAAUAUAAAUGACGUUUACAACCAAAAGGUACAUUGUUGGUUGUCCAUAAGGUUGAUUUAAAAUUGAAGCUAUAGGUAUGGAAAUAGUGCAUUAUUGACACAUGACAAUAAGUACCCUGUUGGUUGAGAAUGGGUCUAGUCGUAGUUAAUCAAACCAAUAAUUUGUCACUUUGCACAUGUAGUACAAUACAAUCAAUAGGCAGAGGCCGAGGCACGUCUACACUGGCCGGUUUGUGCGCGAGGAAAUUGCCUCGCGCGUAUGCUCGCUCUGUAUGGACCCGCCUAAUGAAUAUUUGAUAGAAAGUGACCUGUUGUCAUUGAUUUUGAGUGGAGUUAUUUCACUUCACGCAGACGAUGAUAUUUUUAAAUUAUUAUGACGUUUAUAUAGUCGGUAUGGUACCAUUGAAAUAUAUGUUAUUUUUUUGGCGGGUGAUUCUCAGAUCAUCGAUUGAGUAGUGAUGUAAGGUGUAUUCGGAUGAUUCCAGAUCAUUUCCGAAUUUCAGGUAAUUUCGAAAAUCUCCUAUAACUUGAUUAUAUCAGAGUCUAUUUUUGAAAUUGCCCGACACUCGGAAUGUAUUGGGAACCACCCGAAUAAUACAUACUUUGGUUGAAAUUGAAGACCCGCCAGAAAUUCAUCAAAUCUUCAUCUGGUUAUGAAUUUGUUUUAAAAGUUAAAAAGGCAUGUGUUAUUUUAAAUUGUACUUAAAUAGUGAGAUUAAAUUUGUGAUCGUGCAUAUAUAUCUAAAUUAUUCUACACAUUAUGUAAUAUAUGUAUACUCCUACAAAAAGAUGGCGCGUUGUUGAAUGUCUGUGACAUUGAAUCGCAUAGACGGAUAAACCGAUUUUGAUUUUAUUAAGUUAUAUUUCGGUGUUUUGUGAAUUAGUUACGACAUAUCGGUUACACAGAGGGUACAAAGGCUAAUUUUGAACCGACUAUACUUUCAGUGCAUGGAUAUAUGUUAGUAACACACUGUGUAUAUGUGCUGACACUGCUGACACAAUAUUUUGAGAAAUAAUGAUGGAAACAUUAUGACAGACAGAGGUGUCAUUCUACAAAAAUCUCAUUCCCUGGCCAUACUAAUUCGCAAAUUCCUAGGAGAUGCUGCUGUAUUAGCAUUUAAUUUUUGAUGACUGUGUAACCCGUGCCAAGUUCCGUCUACAACCAUAAUUGCUGAGCGGAAUCUCCUGGGAAUUUGGGAAUAGGUAUAGCCAGGGGAAUGGGAUAGCUGUAGAAUGACCCGGACUUUAUGUUUAAACUUUGUUGAUCAAAAGUUUUUAUUAAUAUUUAUUGUUUAUGCUUUAAUAGUAUUGCUUCAAUUUAGUACCUAUUAGGAUAUUUUUGUUUUUAUUAGUUAAAUUAUACUAUGACUAUGAAUUAUGAUAUGUUCAACCGCUGUCUUAUGAAAUCUCACUAGUUUUUAUUUAUUUAACUUUUAAAUUGCCCCUUUAUUAUAAAUUGUGUAAAUAUUGAUUUAAUCAUUAAAAUCAUUAUUGGAAAAGGAAUAUAGGGGCAUAGGUUAUUAGAUUAAUAAUAAUAAUAAUUAAUCUAUUAUGAAUUUAAAAGACGCGAAAAUCUUAUUAUAGAACAGUAUCUUAUAUAACUGUUAACAAUAUAAGGUGCUUCCUGAAGACCUUAGCUAAUUUUUUGGAUUUAUUAUAUUAAUAUAAAGGCCGAGAAACAAGGAAUUGCCAGCCGAGUGUGAUUUAAAUGAGUGAGAGAAGCGAGGCCGUUUAUUAACACGAGGCUGGCUAUCCCUUGCUUUUUCGGCAAGGGGCAUAUUUAGUGGUCCAGUUAGACCAUUUUGUUUACGCCUUUAAAAAAGAAAGCAAACCUUUUGAACGCCAAUUAAGUUAAGGUACAAGUCACAGGUUACAAACAAUGGCAUCAGUGACUUUAAUACUUACGAGCAUUGUAAGUAAUGUAUUAAAAUCUGUACGUACAAGUACAUAUAUGAGCGGGUCAACUUUUUUUUGUUGUUUAUCUAUCAGCCAGGCGACAAAAGUAGUUAGAAGAAAUAUUGUAGGUACAUUAUCUAAAAAAUGUAUGUUUGUUUAUUUUAAAUACCAUAAAACUAUAGGGUUUUAAGAGUGAUCCAGGAUGUAACCAUGGGAACGAGACAAAAAAAAGUUGAUUUACCCACUUACAAGCUUUGUACGUUUAAAUUAAUUAAAAACACGUAGUCAAGGUGUUAAAUAUGCUUACGUACUAAUUGACAAAAAUAUGUAUACACGACCUUGUUGCUCAUAUAUUAAGACAGUGUGUACAUAUUUUUGGCACUUUGUCCGUGCCGAUAUUUAAUUCCUUGACUGUACACAGAAUAGAUAUGAGUAGUCUUCCUUUUCAUGAUUUCCUAACGUGAACAGUAUAAUUCCUUUAGUAAUGUACUUAAUUUAAUUUUAGUAUAAGAUAUUAGUGCAAUAUUUGAUUUACAUAUUUUCAAAUCAGUGAUUUAACAUUUAAUUUGUGUACCAAAUCUUGUAUUAGAGUUAACAAAUUUAACUUCGUAAUAAGAUCUCACUGUUAGCACUUUUUUAAAACCACUAUUAUUUAUUGAACUAUAUCUAAUGUUUACCAUGAAUAAUCAAAAAUAGACACAAGAUUUAUCACAAUUAUGAAUUAGGACUUAAAAUUCGCGAUAAAAAAGCUUGUAACCCCCAAAAAAUACUAUGCAAUAGGGUUGUUUCCAUCUACAAAUCUUAGGGCAGAAUUGUAUCCCAAUAAAUUCUUUUGGAUUAUAAGAACAUGUUAAACUACUUUUACGGGACCUGUAAUGACCAUAUUUUUGUAAAUAUUGAAUUUAAAAUAUCUUUUAGCACACGUCACGUGACCAAACUCGA